UAGUGAAUGCGGGGUCCGGGGAGAGCGGAUAUAGUGAAUGCAGGGUCCGGGGAGAGCGGAUAUAGUGAAUGCAGGGUCCUGGGAGACCGGAUAUAGUGAAUGCGGGGUCCUGGGAGACCGGAUAUAGUGAAUGCGGGGUCCGGGGAGACCGGAUAUAGUGAAUGCGGGGUCCUGGGAGAGCGGAUAUAGUGAAUGCAGGGUCCGGGGAGACCGGAUAUAGUGAUUUAAUUUUUGGAAAGAGGAGCACCCUCGCCAGAAAUUUUAAUUUCAAGGGUGCACCGAUC